AUGGCGGGGCCCCCUCGGCGCCCCCUGAGCCUGGCGGAGGUGGCAGCGGGCAGCGAGAACGAGCGGCUGGGGGUGGCCCGGGACAGCAUGCUGCGCAACCCGCGCAUCCUCAAGGCAGAACUGGGAAAGCCUCUGAGAAACUGCUAUACACUGCCAGGCUUGGAUUUUUCAUACGGGCUGUACAUCGAAAGGACAGAUGGAGGAGUCCCUGAAGCAAUAGGCCACUGGAACACAAUAAAGCCUAGGAAGAAUUUAACUCAGAAUAUGCCCCGAGACUUCAUCACCAUGAACCGUGGUGCUCUGAAGGCUGGGUAUACCACAGCCCGGGAGUUCAACUCGUACUACAAGGCCAAGGACAUUCGGUGCAAAGACGACGAAUACAGCCGCUUUAGGAGAUCUCCUCCUCAUGUACCUGCAGACAGGACCUAUGGCAUCCCAGCACGGCCUUCCACUCCCCUGUUUGACCUCCUGCAACACAAAUACAAGGAGCUGUGGAUGGAACAGCAGAGAGCACGGACCGCAGCGCUCCGGCUGGAGAAGACAAAGACACGGAAGGACAAAGUGCGCGACACCCGCACCACGCUUCUCCGAAAAAACCCAGUGCCUCCAAAGGAGGAGUCCUUUUGGCACCUGCCCCACCUGGAAAAGGUCGGGCCUCAUCUCAGUACUUUUCCAGACUGUGAUGCUCGUAAGAAGGCGCUCAGUUCCUCCCAUUGA